UUGUAGUGCUCGUAGUAGAUGUUCUGCUUGUGGUGCUGGUGGUAGAUGUUGUACUUAUUGUGCUGCUUGUGGUGCUGAUAGUGGAUGUUAUGCUUGUGGUGCUAGUAGUAGAUGUGGUGCUUGUGGUGCUGGUAGUGGAUGUUGUGCUUGUGGUAGAUGUGGUGCUUGUUGUGCUAGUGGUGCUGGUAGUGGAUGUUGUACUUGUUGUGCUUGUGGUGCUUGUGGUAGAUGUGGUGCUGGUAGCGGAUGUUGUGCUAGUGGUGCUGGUAGUAGAUGUGGUGCUUGUGGUAGAUGUGGUGCUUGUUGUGCUAGUGGUGCUGGUAGUAGAUGUGAUGUUGUGCUUGUUGUGCUUGUGGUAAUUGUGGUGCUGGGUAGAUGUUGUGCUUGUGGUGCUUGUUGUGCUUGUGGUAAUUGUGGUGCUGGUUGUAGAUGUAGAAGUGGAUCCUGGUGGUUGAGUCGGCACAGUUUCGUCAGUUGUAGUGCUCGUAGUAGAUGUUCUGCUUGUGGUGCUGGUGGUAGAUGUUGUACUUAUUUGUGCUGCUUGUGGUGCUGA